AUGAUGUCUCACAUGGAACUGCUCGUGCUGCCCGAUCUCAUUCUAACCCUCAGGCUCGGACCGAACGAGAACCUUCUAAGACGAAGCUAUGGUUCGACGUCUUUAUCAGCCCACAGCCGCGCGAUAAUGCGGAAUGAUGCAACGAUCCCAGCAGCUUCGUGCUCCGCUAGUGUGAGCCUGAAGCACAUGCGCACUGGUGACCGAAGGAGGGUGGUUAAGACUUGUAUCCCGCAAUCUCAACGCGCGUUGCUCACUAAAAUGGAGAUGAUGGAUAGCCAUCGAUUGCCACCCAAGACAAUCGAUGAGUUGCAGAAGUCACGUGAGACCCGUGCGAAUGAUGCACUGGCAAUGAAGGAGCAACAGCUGCGCAUGCUGAAUGAUCAGAACGUACAAUUGUUACGGAACUUGGACAGUGUCGAAGAGGACGCGAACGCCAUUCAGCUUGAGAAAAUUGCGGCCGAAAAUGAUAAUCGUAAAUUACGAGACGAAAACUUCCGCUUGUUGAGUCGGGCCCGCACAGCAGACGCCCAACUCUCGUCAAUGAAAGCAGAAACUGUGGAAAAAGACAAACAACUCCGGGUGAUCACUGAUCAGAACUCAGAACUGUUGCGUUUGUUGGAAACGGAAGAAGCACAAAGCGCGAAGCUCAAUGCAGAGAAUCAAAAUUAUAGUAGUGAGUUAGAUCUGUUGAAAGCGAAGUAUGGAACACUCCUUGCGACUGCAAAGACUCACGAAGAAAUGGCAAAUCGCGCAGCACAUGAAGGCCAGCUGCGCGCCGACGAAGUUCGCAUCCUGCGCACUGAGAUCGAACAAUUGAAGCAGCAGAAUCAAGAGCUCAAACUUAAAGCACAAGUGGAGCUGGAGGCACUGCAUGAGCAAUUACGUGUCCGCAAGGAAAAACAAUAUCAGCUGCUGGAAAAACUCCAAGCUCAAGAUCGUGUGAAACGCCUUGCUGAGGAUCAGGUCAGUAGCAUGGAGGACAAGUUACGCCAGCUGCACGCGAAAAGUGUCGAACUAGAUACACACCUUCAAGUGGAAACUCGGAAUCGCCGAAUGAAGGAAGAGAGCAACCGAAAUUUAACAGCAGAUCUCAAUAAUUUGAUGGAAGAAAUAAGGGAAGUUCGUAGUCGUUCCAAUCGUGCCGACGCCGAGAGAUUACGAAUGGAGUCUGAAGCACGUGACAGCGGCGAACAGUUACGUGAAAUGGCAGAAAAAGUCUUUCAGCUGCUAGAAAGGCUCAAACUCGCCGAGCUUGGGAAGACCCGUGCCAUGGAAGAACUGUCCAAGAAAGAAGCAGAGACCGUGGCUUUGUCUAAGAAAAAUGCACGUCUAUUGAAGGAGGCUACAAAGGAGGGGCGUGGGCGGGUCAAGGCAGAACUAGACAAAAAAAUCCUACAAGACCAGCUGAGGGCAAUUAAAAAACACAACUCCGUGCUCGCCUCUCGCUGCCGUGAAGAAGUGCGGCUCAAAUUGGAGGAGCGUGAAGAAAAGGGUGCUGCUGUGGAAAAAGUGAAAACAUUUAGCGGUCGUCUUGGCUUCCUUCUGAACAAAAUGCAGACGGACGAAGAAGCAAAAGUCAAACUGGAUGAUGCGAAUGAGUCCAACCGAAUCAUAACUCAAGCAAGCAGAAUAAAGGAGGAGGAGCUGGAAACCAUGAAAACUCGCCUUGAGACGGUGCUAGAGAACCAUCAGACUGCAGAUGUGCCAGUACCUCACAAUCAAAUGAGAUCAUAUGAAGACGGUCUCGGCGAUGGUGAUGAUUUUCGCAUUGGAGCUAAUGGCCGCUUUUUGCUGGAUGCAACAGCCACUGAUUUGAUACUUCUUAAGGGGAAAACAUCACAGUUUCGUGCUUGGUUGGAUGCCCGCGAGGUUAAUAAGCUCUUAAAACGUGCUCAAAGUUGCUCAAACACCAAGGAAAUGCUUAUAGAGUUGCUUGCGCGAUGCUAUGGUAUGAUGAUGGUUCAAGAAGAAAUCAAAUACAACUUGCAAAGCGAGAUGGGUGGCCGCGAAGAACAAGUCGAGCAUCUAGGGCGCAAAUGCACGCUAAUGCAGGAAAAGCUUGAAUCGGAGGAAGAAGCAAAAAGACGAACACUUCUACGUUAUGUUCAUGCUGUGAAAAGUGCGGCACCAGGUAAAAACGGCGCCGAGAAGCAGAUGCUAGCUUCCAAGGCACUCGGCACGAUCCAACUUCCAGAGUCUGCAAUUUCUGAUGAAGAGCUUCACGCUAUUGCUGCGCUGCUUCGAUGUGAUAACACAAUCCAGGAGCUUACUCUGCGAAACAAUAUGAUCACAGACGAUGGCGCUCACGCUCUUGCGUCUGUUCUGGCUGGCAAGUCCAGUCUCACUUCGGUCGAUCUACGUGGUAACAUGAUCACACACCAUGGAAUCCGAACUAUUGCUGAGGCCCUCGAAAGAGCAGAACGAGUCCGACAUGUCUAUGUGCAUGCGGGUGGCAAGGUCGAGGCACUGGGUGUCUGUCGAUGGGGAUCAUUAUCCAAGGAAUCAAAUGCCUCGGCAAAUGUGGAAACAAUAUGUUGUGUUGAUUGUCGCGACAACAAAUUGUCGUUGGAAUCUGACAAUAAUGCUGUUGCCGUGCAUUCACCAGCCCAAAGCAAUUCCAGCAAACCCUCGAAGCACCAACCCAUCCAAGUUAAGGCGCACGCCCGCCAUCGGGGACUCAACCUCUCCAAGUCGGGACGUGAAAAAGCGUGGUCUAGCACAGAGUCCGAUACUGCAGUGACUCGCACCAACUCGCUCCCUAGAGUCGCGCGAGGUAACAAGUAA